CGCCCCAGCCCGCCGCCCGCGCGUCCAGGGGCCGCGGAGAGCCCCCCGCGCCGCCGCCGCCCCCCGCGCCGCCCCCGGCGGCAGCAGCAGCAGCAGCAGCAGCAGCAGCGGAGCGCGCGCAAGGUUGCUGAAAAGUGCCUUCCCUGAAACUGGCAUCGCUACAGCUGCUUCGACCCCCGACUUGGGCUUUUCCUCAACUUGCAUUCCAAAGGGGAUAGAGAGCGCGCACGAUCCACACUCCCCUUGAAUCUCUUCCUCCUUCCCUGUUUUCAAAAGAAGCCUGACGUUGCUUGCAGUGCAACUUGGCCAGCAGUUUUUUUUUUCCCUUUUUCCACUUGGUUUGCUGAGCCAUCUUGUGCCCCCUCCUUCCCAAAUAUGUAACAAACUCGAUUCUGUAAAAAAAGAAAAACAAAACAAACAUAAGGAAAUUAAAAAAAAACAUUUAUUCCACCGGUAUUAAUGCUUGCAGCUUUGUUAAUGUUUCAGGCACAGGAUGAAAGGAUAGAAGCUCGCUAAAGAUUUCUUUUCUGCCAAGAAACAAAACCAUUCCACUGAGUCUGUCCCAUUGCAGCUGUAUUUUCUUGGAUUGAUUUGGUUUUGUGUGAGGAUAGUUGAAACCCAUAACUUGAGAGCACAGAAAUCUUUGAGGAGGGAGUAAUAGAGGAAUGCAAGUUGUUCUGAAAUAAUUUUGGCAGUGGCACAAAACAUUACACACACACAUAUAAAUAUAUACACACAUACAUAUAAAUAUAUAUAUAUACACACACACACACAAACAUAUAUAUAUAUAUAUAUAUACAUAUAUAUAAAACAUAUAUAAAUAUAUAACAUUUCUAUUUUAACUUUGACAAUUGCACUUUUAGGAGCUGGCCUCUAAUUUGAUUUUUUAGUUAAUUCUGAUGAGAUUUCUAUUUUAUGAUUGGCUAGAAGUUUAACCUUUUCUUUUCAAAAAGCAUAAUUUGAGUUCGAUGAAACCUAAGUGCUGACGAAUAGAAAUUUUACCAAAGCAACAAGUUAUUUCUUCACAUUUUUAACUUGAAUUUCCUUUUGAUAAAAGAAAUCCCCCCACCUUUCCCCCUAAAUCAUUAGUAUUCACCUGAAGAACAUUCUGUUUCCCUCUUCCUCCCCCUUUUACCCCCUUUUGGGGGCAGUUUUUUUAAUAUGGCUCUGAACGUUUCCUUGGUUCGUGAUACAAAAUGGCUGACAUUGGAAGUCUGUCGGGAAUUUCAGCGAGGAACCUGCUCUCGUUCUGACACAGAGUGCAAGUUUGCCCACCCUUCCCGGAGCUGCCAUGUGGAAAACGGACGUGUUAUCGCCUGCUUUGAUUCCCUAAAGGGUCGGUGCACUCGAGAAAACUGCAAAUACCUUCACCCUCCACCACACUUAAAAACACAACUUGAAAUCAACGGACGCAACAACCUGAUCCAGCAGAAGACAGCCGCUGCCAUGUUUGCACAGCAAAUGCAGUUCAUGGUCCCUGGAGCCCAGCUGCAGCCGAUUACAACAUUUCCCGUGACUCCUUCGCUCGCAACUAGCCCCACCAUGGCAUUCAGUCCCUACUUAAGCCAUGUUUCUCCAGGGAUGGGCUUGGUGCCUGCAGAGCUCUUACCAAAUACGCCUGUCCUGGUGUCCGGGAACCCCGCGGUUUCAGUGCCAGGGGGCUCUGCAGGGCAGAAACUGAUGAGGACAGAUAAAUUAGAGGUGUGCCGAGAAUUUCAGCGUGGAAAUUGCACGCGAGGUGAGAAUGACUGCCGCUAUGCUCACCCAGUCGAUAUUGCCAUGAUAGACACGAAUGAGAACACAGUUACGGUGUGCAUGGAUUACAUCAAGGGCCGGUGCUCUAGGGAGAAAUGCAAGUACUUUCACCCCCCUGCGCAUUUGCAAGCUAAAAUCAAGGCAGCUCAGCACCAGGUGAAUCAGACGGCCGCAGCUGCAAUGGCGUUGCCACCUGGUGCCCUCCAACCUUUACCAAAGAGGCCAGCACUUGAAAAAAACAACGGUGCCACCACAGUCUUCAACCCGAGCGUUUUCCACUACCAGCAGGCCCUUGCGAACAUGCAGUUGCAGCAGCCUGCGUUUAUCCCAACAGGGUCUGUGCUGUGCAUGGCACCCGCAGCAAAUGUUGUUCCCAUGAUGCACGGUGCUACGCCCACCACUGUUUCUGCAGCAACUACACCCGCCACCAGCGUUCCUUUCGCUACAACUGCAACGGCCAAUCAGAUCUCCCAGUUAUCAGUAGAUGAACUGAACAGCAGCAUGUUUGUGUCACAGAUGUAGGAGCAACACAAUACAUACUGUUGGCAUCCUGAACCGGAAGUGGCAGAAUUCCCUGUGCAUUUUUUUUCUCCUCUCCUGGUGGGAAGCUGGAGUGGGCUCUCUGUGCUUCAUGCCCACCUUCUCUCCAACAUCUACAGUAAGCCUAGGGCAGCAUCCAUGUUAACCAAAAACUGAUCUGUGGGAAUGUCAAAACAUUUUUUAAAAAGCACUAUAUAUAUAUAUAUAAAACAAUUAAGAAAACAGUGCUCUGUUAUAUGAGACAUAGAAGUAAAGAACUAUAAAAUAGACUUUUGUAACACCUUUAACACACUUUUUAAAAAGUGGGUUUUUUUUCUGUCUACCAUCAAGACAAAGUGCUCUUGCACAGUGGACUUAACUAGGUUAAUUGUUCUAUUGUCAAUGGAUAAAUGUUCGUCUGUUUUUCAAAGUGUUAUCUUAAUGUUUUGUUUACAUCCUAGUCUAUAUUGACUUUAUUUGGAGAGACAAAAAAGUUGUACAUCAUUAUCAAGUAUAUUCCACACCAUUUUUUCAUGAUCAUGAUAUCUGACAUUUUCAUAGAUGACCGUUGUUAUCAAUUGCCCUUUUUCUCCCUUCCUCCCCUGCCUUUUUUUAAACAAUAUGCUAAGAAUGUUACAAAGGGAAACAGGAAGAUGUGCUUUAAAAAGGAAGACCUGAAGAUGUUCAGACAGGUUGCAGAUAGAAGUUGGUUUCUAAACAUUAGUUGUUGCAAAUAAUGGAAAAAGCCAACCACUCAUCCAGGAACAGGCCAGAAAGUAAAACGGACCAGGGGCCAAAUGCUGAAGAAUUUUCACUCGAGGGCAGAAAAUAUUGGCAAGAAAAAAAUCUGCUUUCAGCUACCAUUUUCUGCUGGGCAUGGUCCUCAACACUUCUUAACCCUUUCGUGGCCAAGUUUUAAAGAAAUCAUGGUGAAGAAGAUUGAUUCUUUUAAAAAAUUGGGGCUUCUUUACACUGAAAAUCAAAGACUUCUGCUAAUCUACUGUGAUAUAUACAGAACAAGAGGAGAAACAUACAUUAUCCUUUCAAACGUGCAUAACCCAACCCCAUAUCUUAGAUAGGUAGCCCCAAGCAGGUGCCUCGGUUCUCCAUUAGCUACUGCGCUUGCCAGUAAUAAUCAUAAUACUCAUAAUAAUGAAUGUCCUUGCCUCCCAUCAUGUAGAGGAAUAAAAUAUCCGUUACAGCUUUCCCAGAAAUUUUAAUUUUCCUUAUAAGCUAACAGCUUCCUGUCCAUAUGCCACUGAUUUACAGUACAGAAUUUGGGAUGGGUCAGGAGACAGUCUUGGAGGCAUUAGCCCUGAGAGCUUGCUCAUUUUAAUUUGGUGAGUUUGGCAUCCCCUGAGGGGAGAGGAAGAGAGAAUGAGUUACUGGGUGGUUCUAAAUCCUUGUUCCCCGGAGCAUUUUGUUUUGCUCCGUGAGACUGAACAAAGUUCUUGGGGCCCAUGAGGAACCUUCCUUUUUGGAGGAAGCGGUUUCAGGUGUCCACCACAAAGGCAGCUCCUUCCGCAUCCCAGUCCGAGAAGACCACACUGCUGGGUGCAGAACUAGCUGACGCUCAGUUCUGAAGCGUGGGAGCCUUUGGCUGCUUUACUUACGUGUAUAAAUGGAGAUGCGUUUUCAAAGUUGAAACCCCAUAAAAUCCAACAGUAUCCAGAAACAAUGACACCCUGCCUUUGGUGACACCCCUGCUUGGGGGCAAGACGGAAAUAAGCCUUUGAAGAAAUAAGACCUUUGGUGCUACUUCGAAGGCUUACCAAAACACACGGCCGUUUUAAAUCGGCAUCCUUGCCCAUCUGAACGUUCUUCAGGUCCUUGUCGCAGACUUCCUGUUUCCUGGCUUUGUAACCUUGUUAAUGGGAAGAAAACGGACUUGAGUGCUCCUUAGGUACAGAUAGUUGUAUAUUUUAAAAAAGGAUGAUGGUGGUGGUGAUGGUGAUGGUGGUGAUGAUGGGAUUUGCACAACCUGUGGCAGUGCCUCUAUAGAGAACAUCCCUGAUCUCUAGUCGGAAAGGUUGGACACAUGCACACACUCACGCAUUUGGGUAGACAUGCUUGUGUUAGCUUUAUGGUUUCCAAGGAGGUUGGGCGUCCGCUUUCAGUGCUAUAUAUGGAGGAAUGUGUGAUCCUGUCACUUCGACGUAGCGCGCUCUGGUUUUCUCUGAAAGAUGUUGAGGGAAAAAAAUCUUGCGAAGAUGUGCACAGAAUGUAAGCCUAACACAUUUCCACAACGUUCAAGUCACAGUUUUAAAGUGCUCAAAAGACAGAACAUCAGGGGUGCAAUUUCCUUAUUUUUCCUUCUUUUUUCCUCUAUGGCAAAAUGUAGGAGCCAAAAAAAGUAGAAGAGCGUGGCUCCUCGCUGUGGUAUCAAAGUGUCCUAUAGUGUGUUGAGAAUUUUUGUACUCCUGCAGCAGACCACGUUUAAACUGAUUAUGUGCCCCCCCCCCCCCACACACACACACACACACAGAGGCUUUCUUAUAUGGAGGACCAGUGAUAGGUGUGUCAGGGUAGCUCUUCUAGGUGCCACAAGCAUUUCUUCUUGUUUUUUAAUACCAACUUUGCAAAUUUAGUGUUUGUUUCUUAGAGAAACAAAAGUUUUGAGGAAAAGGCAAAGCUUGAAGCUUUGGAAACUUCACCAAAUUCAACCCAAGGGUGGGAAUAGAAAUGCCAUUUGUGAGGGUAGCACUAUUAAAGAUUGUUGUGCAAUGACUUCUUUAUUCAAGAAAGAAAGAAAAAAAAAACAGUCGGCAGACUAUAAAUCCCUUUGGAGCUGCAUUCUGCCUACAAAGUCGCUGAGCUAUUCGGUGACUCUAAAUCUGAUCUCCCAAACCUGGAUUCAGGUGUUACUUGAUUCCAGAGAUGUCUGUAAAGAUUGUUCAGAUCUGUGUAAGUUUAACAACUUUCUACAAGCUUGUGCAGGCUCAUCAAACCUGUAUAUUCCUUUUUAAUUUAUCCAAAGUUCUUUCUCUCAAAAGUAUGCGUGUGCUUAUAGAAUGGUGUACGUGUGCCCAUUUUCUCUCAGCCUUAUGCAAAUAAUAUGCAAGAAGUGCAGAAACUUGAGUAAAACGGGUCAUUGCAGAGGGAAAACGGAAAAAGCUGAUUGAUCGUUUUUGAGGGAGGAAAUUUGUUAGCCAUUCCAUGGGGGGCGGGGGAGAACGUGUGUUCCUAAACCUUUAACAUACAUGCACAGAGAGGGUUUUAAAAAACAGUGGGUUUGUAAAAUUAUUACUCUUAUGUUAAAGUACAGUGUUCUAAUGGAUUAGAUUUUUUUUUCAUAAUCAGCCCUGUUUUUUUUUUUUUGUUUUUUUACAAAAAUUGCUUAGCAUAAAAUGGAUUCAAGGUGGUUGUGUAUUUUUUUUAGAGUGGUGUCAUUUUUGCAUUUGCGAUACUGUGUGAAACUCUCCCCCGUUCCCACAGCCAGUCUAUCCCUUUUUUGUGGGUCACACUGUGCAUUCUGCACUUGGGGAGUUUCUCGUUCAGCUGUUUCAACUCCUGGCAAAAGAGCCCAAGUCGUGGUGUGGCCGGGGGGCGGCUCCGGAUUCCCCACACCACAUUUUUAAGUCUUGCCAGGCACCCUGCCCCUCGUCCUGGGAAAGUAAAUGAAGAGAUUUGUUAAGAGGGCAUGGUCAUGAGAGGUGUGAUCUAUGCUCCUUUCCCCGAUGCGCGCUGCCCCUCCAUUUCUGACCCAGCCACACUGAAAUGCAGUGUGGAGGAAGGCCGUUUGCUAAAAGCAGGACCGUGGUGUCUUCGGGGCCGAUGCAACUUUUCCCUUUUUAUCCUAGUCUUAACGGGCUCCCUAACAAAUCUCUGAAAUUGAGGGCAGUUGGUUGGAUUCUUUCUUAAAAGCAGACAGCUGCUCAUCCAUCAGGAGCUUGGCUGGCUGACUUCUCAGAGUAAGCAGCUGUUGUGUUUAGUGAGAUAUUGGAGCCUGGAUGUUUUUUUCAUAUAGUUAGGUGGGGGGGGAGGGACUUUGGAGCUAGACUUUGCUAGGGAGGGGGGAAAGAUCUUUAAAACCAGACCUAUGCCCUCAUGUACCUUUAAGGGGGGUUGCGGAGAAGCCACCUUUGUGCACAUUGAAGAUUGUAGUGCAGUCCUGUGCAUGCUUACUCAGAAGGAAAUCUCAGCAUUUCACUGGCACUCUCCAGUCUCCGUGUUUUAAGGCUGCGGUCAUGCAAUCCAGGCCUGUAAAAAUGACCCUUAUUGCACACCAGCUAGUUAUACAAACAGUGAUGAAUGUUGAAUGUUGGAAAUCUAACUAACGGGCAGAAGGCAGGCUGGCCUCCUGUGGAUUCCCGGCCUUGCGGAUUACUUAAUACAGGAGCAACCUCUAGGACGCUUUAGUACACAAAGUUUUAAAAACUGGAGUCCCCCCCCCCCUUUUUUUUAAAUCCGUAAUACAUUUCACUUACUUACAACUGAAAAAAAAAGUGAAAUAUAUGAGGAGAAGUCUUAAAUUUCCCCUUCCUCCUGAAAGGAUGUACCGAAAUAAUUUUUACCAUGUGCCUGAUGAAGGCCUUAGAAUAUAUUGUAUGUUUAAGACUGUAGUAAUUUUUUUAAGGAAAAGAUACCUAUUAGUUGAUAGCCUAAAAAUAAUUGUAAAUAGAAUUUAAAAGACAUCGUUAAUAGGCUACAAGUUAAUUCAUGUUGCAUUACUUUCCAUUUCUUUUAUUGUUAGUUUUAACAGAUUUUAUUAUUGCUUUUAUAUAUAUAUAUAUAUGCACACACACAUGUGCGUGUAUACAUAUAUAAAUAUAUAAUCUUUAGUAACUAAUGAAUUUAAUUUUUGAAGGAGAGUUAGCGAAUGUUAAGACUUUUAAAUACAUGUAUUCAACUCCUUUAAGUUAUCUUCUAAGACAACACUGAAGCGCAUGCCAAGAUUUAGAAAAAAAUACAGUCCAUAAUUAGUUUGUAUAGUUUACAGUUUAAGAACAAACAGAAGAAUUAACUUUGUAUGUAACUCCUUACAAUGAUAGAUUCAUUGUUAACUAAUUAUAAUUAAGUUGUUGUUGCUAUGGCAACAAAACUACAACAUGGCUACCUUUGUAUACAUUAUUUGUGAAAUUUUCACAUGUAAAUUAAAAAAAAAAGUAAUGUGUAACAGUAUGGGUUUGUUUAAGGUACAGUUCAAUACUGUCGGAGAAAGAUAUGACUGAAUAUUUUUAAAAUCCCAAAGUCCCAUGUGAACGCUGGAUUUGUGUCUUUUAUGUCACUUUUUCAGUCAAAAGUUUACAACACAUGGAUUUAGAGUCAGGUUUUAUAGCUUGUAGAAAUUGUUGUGUGGGUUGGGUUAUUCCACAGUAUUUUUCUCUGGGAUGGUAGAAAUGAGAAAAGGGUCGCCCCAGUGUUCAAAACGUUAGUUUCGUUUCCAAAUAGUUGACAUUUUGGAAAACCGAGUACAGAAUUUGGUCUCAGACUCUCAGUGUCCAGUUUCACAGGCAAGCAUGUACAGACAAAAUCAAGGGAAAGGAGUGUUUUGCAAAACAGAGUCCUUUGCUUUCAGGUGGACUGUAUACCGUUAGCAUUUGCAUCGAGUUUUGCGACCAGUCUCAAUUUUUGUCCCUUUGCAAGGGAGUUUCACGAGGAGAAACCCGUGGGUUUUUCCAUCCUUGAUGUCUUAAAAGCCAUCAGUCAGUGCCCUCAACACAGGAAAUUAAUUAGAUAUUCCUUUAGUAUUGAAUUGUGUUACUUGUUCAGUACUAGUAAUUUUAUACAGCAUUUUUAAGUGGGAAAAACCCUAUACAGUAGUAGUUUAAAAAAAAUCAACACUAAGUAAUUAUGUCAAAAUCAGGAGCAGGAAAGAAAGAAAAAUCUAUAUUUUUAUUUAUAAGCAGAAAGAGGAAGAGUAAAAUGUGUAUGUGAGGCAAAAAAAUAAAAAUACUGUGGAAUAACUCCUUAACAGUGUUGAAGAAACCAAUAUGCUGCAGUUAAACUGAUUCAGUUGGUGUACGAAUGUGUGAGAUGUGUCUUUUUGCACUUAUGUACAUAGUCCACGAAAGAAAUCCUUGGAACUUAUUUUGAAUAUAUUAAAAAAAAAAGUCUGUAAUAAUACAAGGAAAAGUUUGUAAAAGAGAUUACUGAGGCUUUGAAAAGGAAGAGAUUUUUUGCUAUAAAACUUAGCUGAACGUGUGAAGUUGCUUUGCUGUCCUCCAAGCUUUGUAGUUUGCCAAUUGUUUAUAAAACAGCGGACUGGUCACUUCAACCUGCAGCUCAGAAGAAAAGUAAAUACCGGGAACAGAUGCUUGACUUAGACAUCAGGGUCACCAGCAAAGGUCCGUGAAGGAUUUUCUCGCCACCCCAACUGGGCGUGCAGAGAGAAGGGCCUGCUACGAAGCAGGGCACAGAAGGGGUGGCCCUUUCAUGAUUCGUUCCAGGCUCGCUCUGGAUUUCAGAAUGCCAGAUAACAGUGCUGGGUAGGUCUGUCCAGUUCUAGGCCUGCUUCCUCUCCUGCCUAACCCUGACCCAAUCCAGAUUGUGGCUCUGGUUGAUGGGACAGUCCCAUCUUGGGCCUCCCCGUGCUAGGAAAGGGCCUGAGUUAGGGAGGGUCCCCUCCCAGGUCCUGAGAAUGGCCUUGCCCACAGUGCGGAGGUGGGGGAGUUGAACCAGAAGCCAGGUACAACUCUUAAGAAAGGGGAACUUGUGCUGCGGCUUGUAAUUAUCUCAGAGAAAGGUGCCGCAAGAAAACGUACAUUUUUUCUGUGCGGAUUUGCCCAAGUUUCACUUAAGAGUCUGGAAACUCGAGCAGAUGAGAGCACAUCGUGUGCUCAGAGGCACGUGCUUCCACCAUAAGGAGUGUGAGUCACGUUGAUGAAACAUCAGCCAAGAAACCGUGAAGGCAUCUAGAGUUCAGUCUCCCCCCCCCCUUUUUCUGCCCUCUCUUGGACCAUAGGUCCAAAAUUUGACAGCCAAAAAUCAGAGUCUGGUAGCAUCUUGUAAGACGAACAACCUUUAUUUUAAGGGGUAAGCUUUUGUGAGCUCGCUUCCUCAGAUGAGUGGGGUGCCUUAACGGACGUAGGACAUAGGUUUUAGGCUACUUCGGAAGGUCUAAACCAACACAACAGAGUUUUGACACUUUACGAGGGUUAAUUGACUGGGUAUCUGUAAUCUGUCCCCCACGGAAACUUCAUCUCCAUAACCACCCUGUCUUCUGCUCCUGUUUCCCCCACCCACCCACGUAUUUAAAUCCAAAAUCAAUUUAGCCACUCCAUGCAUGUGAUGAAGUGAACUGCAGCUCACAAAAGCUUGUGCCUUAUAAUAGAUUUGUUAGUCUUAAGAAGUCCUAUCGGGCUCUCUCUGAUUUUUGGCUACUUCAGACUAUCGCAGCUGUCCUUCCACAAGCAUCUACAGCAGUCUUUCUCAACCUUGGCCACUUUAAGAUGUGUGAACUUCAACUCCCAGAAUUCCCCAGCCAGCGUGGCUGGCUGGGGCAUUCUGGGAGUUAAAGUCCACACAUCUUAAAGUGGCCGAGGUUGAGAAAGACUGAUCUACGAUGAGAAAAUUUGACAGUGGGGUUGCCAAAAAUUGAUGGACUACAGUAGGCUUACACAGUUUUAAAAUGAAAAAGCACUCCAAACCAGGGAUAGUGGGGGGAGAGCGAGAAAAAAAAAAGAAAAAUCUUGGUCAAGCUGAGAUGUGAAGUAAGCCUCUAUAAAUUUUGUGCCUUUGCCCUCACCGCCAAUGCCCAGAUAUUAAGUUCAGCACCUGGGUUUAAAAGUUUGUCACCUUCAAGAAACUUUGGCCAACUUGAUACCCUCCAGUUCUGUUGAUUUUCAACACUCGGAAACCAAAACUGGGCGAGUUGGGGAGUAGAAGAGUUGAAGUCCAGCCUGAUCGAAGGGGGACACGCAUCUCCUUAAGGCCUCUUUCCCCAACUCAGGACCCAUCUGAAGGUCCCCAAUUUGGGGAAAGAGGCCCCUUUGGGAGGUAGGCGUCCUUUGAUUGUAAAUGGAGGCCAAACUCUGGUAGCUCAUCCAGGAAGCCCCACCUUUGCUGGUGACCCUCAUAGCCACGUGUCCUACAAUCGGAAGCUUCGUGCCUUCCCAAGAAGGCAACUGGAAAUGCAAAAUAACCCCCCCAACUGCCAACAGUCAAUAACAACAAUUGAAAUGACAAAAAAAGUGGUCUUUUCCAAACACACAACAGAGGGUAAUCACCUGACGUAGAAUUUACACGGUUCCAGAUCUUUGUUACUGUACACAGAUGCUAUUUGAUAGUUGUGGAAGCCAAAUGAUUUUGUUGCCAUGGCUCUCGGGAUCCAAACAGCUGAGGGGAUGACGCGGCCGUUUGUCUAAUUGGGGGGGGGGGUGUUUCUGUUAAAUGUUGCUUUCUUUCAAGCCACAGUCAGCAGGGCUGAAAAGAAAACCUUCCAAAAUUCAGAAUGCCAAAAUAAGCUAUAAAGGUGGGAUGGGGUGGCAUUUUAGGAAAGUUGCUUUUUUUGAAGGAAAAAAAGCUUUUGGAAAACAAGAUUGCAGCUUUUAGUGCAGAAAUGUGAAUUCCGCUAUAAGGGAGUCUGUGAUCAAAAGCAGAUUUUCUUAAAGCAAAGAAAAUCUCAAUCUUUGCCCACUUUCCAGUGCUUAAUUCAGACUUUUGCACUAAGCCGGGGGGGGGGGAGGUGUCUGAUCCUAAAAUGUGAGUUCGUAAUUGGGUGCGUUUGGAUUUAUUUAACUUGGGUCUCCAGAAAAAAUAAACCCUUUGAUUUUGAAAAUUUAAAAAUCCAAAAGAAAAAACUAAAAUGUUGAGUAAAAAUAGAAUCUUGCAGGCACCUAAAGGGGACUCAGUAGGAAUCAGCGGAUUCACUUUCAGUCUGGUUCCAUAGCGAUACAGAUUCAGAUUAAUCCAACUGAUUCAUUCCAGGCCAAUAAGAGGUCAUUCCCUCAGUUGUUAUGGAUAGAAUAUAUGCUUUGUUGGUUCUUUUUCUUUUUUCCUCUCUCUCUUCUUUUUGCCACAUUUAUAUUGCCAGAGUGCUUGUUUGUGCUUUCUAGGAACCUGCAUAAUGCAACUCAUUUUACUAUGUUACUUCUAUAUUGUUAUUGGUUUUUUCCCCCCAGACCUUUUAAUAAAGUGUAUAAAAUUC